AUGCUCCUAAGGAGGAACUUGAGAAUAUGCUUUUAUUCCCCCAACAAAGCAUCAGUUGAGGAUCUUGCUGGGUUACCUCCUGCAUCUUUAAUUACUGGUGAAGCCGAUAUACUUCGUGACGAAGGAGAGAUCUAUGGACGUAAAUUGGUAUCUGCUAAUGUGCCAGUUUCAUCUUUUCGGGUCAACGGAGUCAUCCAUGGCUUCAUGUCAUGGGAUGUGUUCUUUUCGGAUGAAUCUUACUAUGUCAUUGACAUGACAAAGAGCGUUCUUCGAAAGGCAUUUACUAUCAAUAACUAA